AUGGAGAUUAGUUUUUACCAGCCUCACAUCGAAAGAGAGAUUGAAUCACACAUAGAAAGAAUCCAUCCACCUAGGGUUUGCAUAGAUAAUGAUUCAUGUAGAUACUGCACGGUGGUGAAGAUUGAUCGAGCUAACAAGCAUGGGAUACUGUUGGAGAUGGUUCAGGCGUUGACAGAUCUUAACCUUAUAAUCUCCAAAUCAUAUAUUUCUUCUGAUGGUGGAUGGCUAAUGGAUGUGUUCCACGUAAAGGAUCAGAUUGGAAACAAGCUGACAGACAACAACCUCGUGCAUCAUAUUCAGCAGGCGCUAUGUGAGUGCAACACAAGAAGGAACAAAGAAAUUUCAAGUGCAACAGUGGGACCACAACAAGCCAAUGUUUCCAUAGAGAUGAUAGGAACCGAUCGGCCAGGCUUGCUCUCAGAGAUAUCAGCGGUCCUAAUGGGCUUCGGCUUCAACAUCACAUCUGCAACAGCCUGGACCCACAAUUGCAAAGUAGCCUGCAUUAUAUAUGUUGAGGAAGCAUCCAAACCUGGGCCGAUCAACGACAAAAAGCGUUUGGCUCUCGUUGAGGAUCAGCUACGGGAUGUAAUAGAGGCUCGUGAAGGAAGAGGAAAGAAAGAGAGUAGUGUGAUAUUAAAGAGCUCAACAGCCGGGCAUAGCUAUACCGAACGGCGGCUCCACCAGAUGAUGUAUCUCAGCCGUGACUACGACAGUUGUCACGCCUGCAACAGAAACAAUGGCGGCGAACACAAAAGGUGGUGCGACGAGACACAGGUUUCGGUUGAUAGAUUUGAGGGAAGAGAUUACUGGGUGGUGAAUAUAAGAAGCAGGGAUCGUCCUAAGUUGCUGUUUGAUAUUGUCUGUGUGCUCACAGACAUGCAAUAUGAAGUGUUUCAUGCAGCUGUUACCUCCAACAGUCCCAUAGCAGAACAGGAGUACUUCAUCAGGAACAAGUGUAGUUCAAAUCUGGACACUGAAACCGAAAAGCAAAAGCUCACCCUAUGUUUAAUCGCGGCUAUAGAGCGCAGAGCUUCACAUGGAUUUAAGUUAGAUAUUAGCACUCAAAACAAAACCGAACUACUAUCGAAGGUGACACGCGUUAUCCGUGAGAAUGGACUAUCCAUAACAAGACUCGAGUUUGAAGUACAGGGAGAGACAGCAAUAGGAUCAUUCUAUGUUACAGAUUGUUCAGGUCAAGAUGUGAAUGAAAAUAUAGUGAAGUUGUUAAAAAGAGAAAUUGGCGGGUUAGUUGUUUUGGCUCAUAAUUCUCCUUAUAGGGUCUCUCAAUCAUCAACAUCCAUGAGUAACAAGAAUGGAGAUGUUGUACCAAGAUUAUCUAUUGAAAGCGUGAUUUGGUCUCAUCUUGAGCGUCUCUCCAACAGUUUCAGCCCAAUUAGAUAUUGA